CCCUGCGUAAUUAAAUAUUCCAAGGCUUAGCUAUGCGAUAUAUGAAGAGUUGUUCGAAUUUUUCCGAAUUUCGCGAUAAGUUGCACGUGGUACAUACGAUUUUGCUUUCGGACAACGAUGAACUCUCUCAUAGAACAUCAAAUCCUACGCUCUAUUGCAGAUGGAUUCAAGCUCCUUGGCAAUGCCGUGAACCCUUCACUAUACCCAUAUCCCUGGUUCAGUACUCUCCACGCAACAAGAAUUUCGCUUUUAUUUCAGUCUCAUACUUUCCGCUUAGGCACACACUCGGUCCUUGGCUGGAAGACCUACAUUGGCGGAUUCUGCCUGAUGUCAUGGGGCGGGAUGAUCUUGUCCCAUAUCCUCCUCAACUUACCUCCACCUGUGCUCUAUGCAUAUCAAGUUUGGGUCAACUAUAUCUCUGUUCACCUCUUUCUCACUUUAGUAUUUUCCCGGAUGUCUCCCCUUCUUGCUGAUGCGGACCUCCUUUCGACGAUGGAUCUUCUUCUAUUUCCCCUCGAUGCCAUGUUGCGAGUAAAUGCUGUCGUGGGGACCUUGGAUCAUCUUUCACCUGGAUCUCCGUCACAUGAAUCAAUCAGUCCAGUCUUAAUCAACAGUCCUUUGUUCCAUUUCAUUCUUGGGUGUACUGCUAGCGCCGGAGGAGGAGUGACCGCUGCUUCUCUCGGCGUAUGGAACCCGAAUUGGGGUUCUGGUGGGUUCACACCGGUUUUUCUCAGGAAAGGACCUAGAUCCCCUCUGAAAAGCGCCUUCAGCACUCUUGAUGUAUGGGGAGGCGGUUUAGUUGCGGUUAUAUACGGCCUCUCCACAUUUCAUGUAGCCUUUCGUCCCCUGCUCUCUGUCCUUGCUCCUUACGCCUACGCUUUUGCAUUGGUAGACAUACAAGCUGUCAAACCAUUUUCUUCUUCGGACGGCAAAUGUCUUGCGGCAGCCGUUCUCAUUGUGCUUUUUGGAACCCGAGCGCUCGCAGCCAAGCUACAUGUUUCGGAUCCUGCCCCCGCCGCAAACAAGAGUGAAAGCGAUAGGACACAACUAUAAACGCUUGUGCGGAGCGUGUCAGUAUCUGUUCAUCUAUGUAACGAAAUGAUUCUAUCUACAUGCUUCUAAACUAAAUUCUGGAACCACCGGGUAAUAGUCAAUUAGUUUGACUUGGACUCAAGUAUUUGCGAGCGCAGAAGCACCUUCCCUCUCCCCUUUAGUAUACCCCGGCCUCUUCAGCGAGAUUUUACAUCUUUCUCCCGCAAUUACAGUCGAAGCUUACCUGCCUGCAGAGGGACGAACGAUGUACUUCUUGCUUGUGCAUCCAGCUUUCAUAUGAUAUCGCCCUUCGCCAGGUCUUUACUUAAA